AUGACUUGGAUGGAGGUGGAAACCCGCGUCAAACGAGAUACUGCCGAGGCAACGCAGACUGGCAAGGCCGCCGUGAUCGUUCCCGUCGGCGCCACGGAGCAGCACGGGCCGAACGGGCUCAUCGGGACCGAUCACAUGACCGCCGAGGCCGUCGCCCGCGGUGUCUGCGAGAUGACCGGCGCGAUCCUCGCCCCUACCAUCAACUACGGCAUGUCUCACCACCACGAGUCCUUCCCGGGGACGGUGACCCUGAGGCCGGCGACGUUCGUGGCGGUGGUGCGGGACGUGGCGGCUUCCCUCUCGGGGGCCGGCUUCACGCACGUGCUGUUCGUCAACGGUACGUCGAGGAGUCAGCCGUACCGCGUUGUCUUUGGACGGUGUCCAGGGCACGGCGGCAACGUCGGCCCCGCCUUUAAAGCGUUCGCCGACUUCGCAGCGGAAAAACAGCAAGCCCGAGAAAUGGAGGAAGAAGAAGCAGAAAGCAGUGGCGGCGGCGGCGGCGGCGGCGGCGGUGACAGCACGGCUCGGGUAAAGCUGAUUAGCUGGUACGCGGGACGUGAGUCCUCGACCCUUGCCAAGGAGCUGUACGGGGGCGAGGUCGGGCAGCACGCCACGCCGGACGAGGUUGCGGUGACCCAGCACCUAUUCCCGGAGUCUGUGAAGUCUGGGGUCGAGCUAGACCCAGCCGCAAUCCAGGUGGCGAAAGACCUCGGGGGCAUGACGAAGCGGAUCAAGGAUGCGGAGACGGGGCUCUCCGUCAUGGACGUCCAGGACUUCCGCCGCCGCUUCCCCGACGGCCGCAUGUUCAGCAACCCGGCCCUGGCCACCCCGGAGCACGGCCGACGCCUCCUCGAGGCCGCCGUCAGAGAUGCCACGGACGCCCUGGGCAAGUUCUUGUCCGGGCAGGAUGUAGUGGAGGAGGAUGAGGCGAAGGCCAAGCGGGCGGCCGCUAUGGCAGCAGCAGCAGCAGCAGCGGAGGGGGCGGCGGCGGCGGAGGGGAAGAAGAAGGCGGGCAAGACAUCGUUCACGCCACGUGCUCGGUGGGGCGACGACGAUGACAGCAGCGGCGGUAGUGGUGGUGGUGGUGGUGGUGGUGGUGGACGAAGCGGUAGCGGUCGAGGCCGGGGACGAAGACGUGGCGGCGAGGGCAGCAGCAGCGGCGGCGUACGGCAAGCGGCAGCGCGACGAGCGGGGGGGGAGACAACAAGGGCCGCCGCCGCCGUUGUGACAGGACCUGCCGUGCGAUAG